GCUAGAUGUUUUUAAAUAUACACCCAGUAGGAAUAAGGAAAGAGUUACUUUCUGUAUUUGAUUUGUCCAUAGAUAUGGUUUGAUGUAUGUAUAAUAAUUUAAAAAUAAAGAAAAUUAUUGUGACAUUGACUGUUGACAUUUACCUCUCCCCCCUUCUCCGCAUUCCUCUCUCAUUUUUUCUUUCCUGCUAAACGAGUGGGGGAGGAGGAGGACAAAGGAGGAGGAGGAGGACAAAGGAGGAGAACAAAGGACAAUUUUUGUCCUCGGAGAAGAGGAAAAUUGUCCUCGAGGGCAAUUUUUGUCCUUGAAGGACAAUUUUUGUCCUCGGAGAAGAGGAAAAUUGUCCUCAGAGGGCAAUUUUUGUCCUCGGAGGACAGUUUUUGUCCUCGGAGGGGAGGAUUUUUGUCCUCGAAGGAUAAAAUUAAAGUAAAAAUGAACUUACAUGUGUUGAUUUGACGAAAUGACAGCUAUCUCCUCGGCUAUGCUUCUCUCAGCUCAGGUAGCUCCUCGACUGUGGUUGUCUCAGCUCAGGUAUUGUCUCAGCUUAGCUAGCUCCCUGGCUAUGCUUCUCUCGAUGCAGGUAUGUUUCCCUCACGAGAGCACAACUGCUUAUGAGAGCGGAAACCGAGUUGUGAGGUGAGAAAAUGCUGUGAAAAACAAUGAAAUAUUUAAUAACUGCAACCAAAUAUUAGAAAUCAAUAAGUAAGUGUUAUUUCAAAAAUAUCAGAAUGUAACGGAUUAUACUUACAUACAAUCAAAUGUCAGCGUUGUGCUGCUGGUAAACCUCUGGGGAGUUGAGUACAGCACGCUCCAAUUGCACACGCCCCCUCGUAUGCUCUGUCUCACUCUUACAAGCCUGCAACAGACAGAGAAACGACUUGGUAUAAAAUCAGUUGCCUCAGAGGAAAAUCACCAUUUACGUUAGAGAAGAGUUAAGUGAGCUUAUAUACCCUACGUGAACUUCUCCCUAAUCAUCAUCUACACAAUGGAUUCAUCAUCAUCUUCAAGCUUCAUCAUAGCAGACAGCCCACCAACAGAGCAGCAGCUCAACUACUGGCAGCAGCAGCAGAAAGCUCGCAGCUCGGCUGCCACCUCUGCUGUCUCCGCUGGCUCCUCCUCCGCCUCACCCCUGAAGAGACAGGGAAUCUUCGUUCAACGAGAGAGGGGUGAGGAGAUCGUGAUUCCGGACAGUCCUCUGCCACAAUCUACACCGGCUACCUGGGCGCCGCGACGAGCGGUGCUGUCAACUCAACCCAGCAAGCAGCUGGUGAAGAGGAGGCUAGUUUUCGAGGACGAGGGCGUGCUCACUCAAUCAAAGAAACGUGUGCCGGAAGAGGACAGCUCGAUCGUGCCUCUCUUGAGGGAGGAGGAGGGAGUGGAGACAGAGGAUGAGGACUUCCUGAGAUUGUUGAAUAGCCGCACCGAGAAGCCAUGGACACCUCUCCGCGAGUUGGAAGAGGGGUUGCCAUAUCCGAUAUGUGAUGUGAGAGAGGCGUCCAACCAGCACGGGUGGCGAAUUGUGCUCAAAAUCCGGGUACCCGGACUAUGUACAACAGAUGUUUAUCUUCCAGAAAGAUUUAGCCGGAUUUUGAGCACGAAAGACAUUGAAAAUUUCAAAUUAAAGUGCAAAACCUUAUCUCUGUUUGUAAAGCAUGUUAAUGCUUUUAUGACUGACAUAAAAAUUGUUAAAUGCUAAAUUAGCAUUUAGCAUUUUUUAUGUCAGUGACCAUCUAGCAUUAACAUGCUUUACAUGUUAAUAUGUAUGUGUCAGUAGUGUUCAAUAAAUAGUUUUUUUGUUAUUCUAUAAAAAUUGUUCUCAAUUCUCACCUGUUAUACACAGUUCACUAGAAGUAGUAGUAAA